AUGUGUUUGGAAUCAUAGUAAUGUGGUCUCAUCUUCGAGGAACUCUAUUACUCAUAGUGAUAGAAUGGGGCCACACAGCCUCUUUCAAUGCUAUAUAAUAGUCCCUCUUCUCAUGUUUCUCUUCGCCUUCUACCAACAACUUCUACCUGAUAUCCACUGAGGUCAUAUUUAUCCACAAAUACAAUGCAAUCCAGUGAGGUUACGGGGAUUCAUUAUCUACGUCCUUCAAACCCAACUCAGUACCCGACCCAUUUUGACACGAUUGAUAACAACAUGGCAGGAUAUCAGUUGAACAGAUUUUCGAAAUCUCUAUAUCAAUUUCAGAUGACGCCUCAAUUUCAAGAAUUCAAUCCUCAAUCAACAUGUUUCAGCAGUAACUCAACUUCUGACGAAGCGGAUGAGCAACAGCUAAGUAUAAUAAACGAGAGGAAGCAGAGAAGAAUGAUUUCUAACCGGGAAUCUGCACGAAGAUCACGUAUGCGAAAACAAAAGCACUUGGACGAGCUUUGGUCACAGGUUGUCUGGCUUCGAAAUGAGAAUCGACAACUGAUAGACACACUGAACCAUGUCUCGGAGAACCAUGAUCGAGUCGUCCAGGAAAAUUCUCGACUCAAAGAAGAAGCUUCAGGGCUUCGCCAAAUGCUGGCUGACAUGCAGCUCAAUAGUCCCUAUCCUAGCCUGAGAGAUCUUGAUGAUGAUCCCUACAAUGAUUUGCCUUAAAGACAAAAAUAAUUAUUCAACCUGCAGUUCUUGAUUUCUGAAAAUUUGCCUUGUUGAGACGAAGCAGCAGUGAUUUUUGUUUUCCUUGUCUCUUCUUUUCUUCGGGGCAUCAUUAAGAAAUAUUAUAUUUCUGUUUUAUUUCUCUGAGUUGAAGUAUCGGUUAAAUAAUGUCCUAUAUAACAUAUCACUCUUGUCUUUA